AGACAUUUUGGAACAUAUCACCCUAAUCUUUUUGAACCUCACCAAACUUGUGAAUGUCACUUAUCGGCCUGCAGCUCACCCUUGAACGACAUCAAAAUGCCGAAAAAGGGGUCAAAGAAGUCCUCUUCUGCUCCCGUAGCAGCGGCUCCCUCCUACCACUCCGACUCCGACGACGAAAUCCGCGGCGGCCGUGCCUCGAUCAAGGCAGUGAAUACCUGGGACGACAUCGAGCACGAUGACGAAGACCAAUUCCACGAGGAGAGGGAUAAGAUUUUCUUAGGGAAUGAUCCGAGGAGGAGAGGCAGGGGUGUUGGGUAUGAAGGGAAUGAGCAUUUGGAGGCGAGUGAUGAGGAGGUUAUGGGUGGCGCUUUUGAGGACUCAGAAGAUGAGGAGGAGGAGGAGGACGAUAUGGGAGAUGAUUUAGAUGAUGAGGAAGAGGAGGUUGAUGAAGAGGAGCAAUUUGACCGCCAAGGCUGGGGUGGCAAGAAGAAGGCAUACUACGGCGCUGACGAAGUUACCGAUGAGGAAGACGCCGCAAAGGAAGAGGAAGCCGAAGCUAUUCGUCUCCAGAAAAAGCAGCUCGCUCACUUGGCUGCUGAUGAUUUCCUCGACGACCUAGAGGAAUGGAAAGCGGAUGCCGAGGAAGAAGGAGGUGAACAGGGUAUGGUGCUCGAGCAACUUCCCACCGCCAUCAACAAGGACUUGCCAAAAGCAGAGCUUAAAGCACUCUUGUCAAAGUUGUCGCCUGAACUCGGUCCCCUCGCUGCAGAAUUCACUCGGCUGCAGCCCCAACUCGCACCGCUUGCGCUUCUCGCCCAGCGUCCCCGUCAUCCACAACACGACAUCAUCACCCUCCAGUACGCCGCUCUCUCUUCCUACCUCGGCGUGAUGGCAAUCUACUUUGCGCUCAAGUCCGCGCCCGAGGAAGAGGGUUAUGGACAUCGUGUGUUGAGGGAUCACCCCGUUAUGGUUUCCCUUGUGAGAUGUAGACAAGCAUGGGAGAAAGUGAAGGAAUUUGCGGUCGAUUACGACGCCGUCGACCUUCCUUCCGAUGCGGAAGAUGAGCAAUCUGAGGUCGAGGAGCUCGCGCCGAUGAGGAAGACGAAGCAGCAGAAGAAGGGGGCGAAGAGGGCGAGGGAGUACUCGGAGGAUGAGGAGGACAUGGACGAUAUGGAUUUCGAUUUGGACGAUAUCCGUCUCUCCCCGGAACCUGCCGCACGCGCCGGCAAGAAGUCUGUCAACACCGCCGCCACCACGGAAGACGACGAAGACCUCGAAGCCGCCUUCCGCGCCCUCAAGAAAUCCUCUCGCGUCAAAAGGCGCAAAACAGCAACAGGCGACGACUUUGCCGACUCCAACGUCCUCGCCGCCGUCGACGCCGAAGACAAAGCUUCCCGCCGCAAAACCCUCCGCUUCUACGCCGCCCAAAUUGACCAAAAAUCCGCCAAGAGGUCCACUGCGAACAAAUAUGGUGGAGAUGAGGAUGUGCCGUAUAAAGAGCGUAACAGGGAACGGCAGGAACGUCUUGAGAGGGAGGCGAGGGCUAGGGGGAUGGGUAAGGCUGGAGCGGAUUUGGAUGGGGAGGAGGAGUAUGACGACAACGACUUCGCUGAGGCCAAGGCUCUCAGAGCCGCAGCCAUGGACGCCGGCGAGGACGGCGAUGCAGAAGCCUACUACCAAUCCAUCGCCACCACCUCCAAAUCCCUCAAAUCCGCCAAAAAAGACUCUUACGACGCCGCCGUCCUUGCCUCAAAGGGCACUCACUUCGAAGCAGAAGACCACGAAGGCAAACGCGGCAUCAACCGCCAAAUCGAGAAGAACCGUGGUCUUACCGCGCGCAAGCCCAAGGAAAACAGGAAUGCGCGUGUUAAGAAGAGGAUCAAGUAUGAGAAGGCGAAGAAGAAGGUUAAGUCUCAGAGGGCGGUGUAUACUGGGCAGAAGGGGGCUUAUGGGGGUGAGAGUACGGGUAUUAAGGCAGGGUUGGUUAAGAGUAGUAAGUUUAAGUAGGUGUGGGGUGGUGCUUGGGAAGGCGGAGGGGGAGGAUAGAGGAGCAUUUCUGAGGAAUACAUUGCAUUGCACAUUGACAAAGUUAUUUACAUCGGCCGUGUAGU